GCCCUGAGGGGCCGGGGGCACUGCGGGGCUCCGGGGGGUGUCUUGGGGCGGCCUCGCCUCUUUUCUGACUCUGCUCAUUGUUUAAUGUUUCCCGAUUUUCUUAUUUUUUCCGGGGGGCCGGUUCCCUCCUCGGUCCUGGGGCUGGUUGAGUUCCCCCGGCCCUCGGCGGCCCCUGGGCUCGGGACCGGCCUUUCCCUCCCGACGCUCCGGCUGUUCUGGCCUUUCCUCCCCGACGCUCCGGUUCUUCUGGCCUUUCCCUCCCAACCUUCCAGGUGUUCUAGGUCCGACAAGUGCUGGAAGGACUGGUGUGUCCUGCCCUGUUGCCUGUGGAGCUGCUUGCCCUUUUCUCCUUUAUUUUUCUUUCUCCUUGUUCCCUUUCUCCUUUAUUUUUCUAAAACUGGUUGUGUUCUCCUGGGGACAGAACUCCUUUCCCUCCCAACACUCUAGGUGUUCCUGGUCUGCCUGGUCUCAUGGUUCUCACCAUGAGAGCAGCUCCCUGCCCAUGGAGGUGCUUCCAGUGGUGGUCACUUGGUCCUGGGAGUGCUUCCCAAGGGUUGGGAGCUGCCUGCUGCUCCUGGGGGCACCUCCCAGAGGUGACCGAAAGCUUCCUCAGCAAAGAAGUCACCUGCGUGGUGUCCAGCAACAGAGAGGCCAAGCAGGGCCAGGCCAGGGCUCGGGAGGAGAAGCAGGGCAGCCCAGCUGCACAAGGCACAAAACCCACGAGCUCAGUGCCUGCUGCCCCCAAAGGAGCCCCAGCCAGACCUCGCCAGAAGCCACCAUACACUGCACUGCUGAGCCGGGGGAAGGAGCUGCUGAACAAGGCCAUGAAGAACCAGGACACCUGCAGUGGCAGCAGCAUCCUCGCCAACGCUCGCCUGUGGGGAGUCCAGAUCCUGCAUGUGGAUGAAAUGUUGUCCUAUGCCCAGCAGCUGCUGCGAGCCAUCUCGGGAGCAAGGAAGCAGUGCCAGAAGACAGAGGUGAAAUGCCCUGCCUCCAGAUCCAAAAUUCACAAAGGAAAAUUGAAGCCCCCUUUUCUGAAAGUUGAAGACCAGAGCAGGCAAUUCCGGCCCUUCCAUCACCAGUUCCAAAGCUUUCCUGACCUCAACUUCCUGGCACCCAAAAGCUCCAGCCCAUUUGAGCCUCUGAAAAGCCUCUCCAAUUCCUGCCCAGCCAGGGGUGCUGAGGGCUGUGCCCUGCACAGCGCCGGGGGGAAGAGCCCCCGCUCCACACACGUCACCGUGCCCAGGAAAAGGAGGGGGUUUUGUGAGUGCUGCCAGGAGACCUUUGAAGAGCUGCAGAAGCAUCUCCAGAGCCCCCAGCACCAGAGGUUUGCCAGGGACAGCUCCCAGUACAUCCCUGUGGAUCGUGUCAUCUCCCAGCUCACCAACAGCUUCAUGGAGUGGUCAGCCAAGGUGCCCUGGUCCUGCCUGGCAGAGGAACGUGUAGUGCCUCAAGCACACAGCACUGGAGGAAUGAAGCUGCUGCCAGCAGAGCUGGGAAAGGAAGGGGAGCAGCCUGAGCAGGGUGCUGUGGAACUGGUAACGGAUACAGAGCUGGAUCAUGGCCUGAAAACCCAGGGACAUUCCCCCUGCCUGCCCAAGGACAGGGUCAGAGAUCCCAGAGGAGAAGGAGACUUGUCAAAGCACAGCUCCCUGCAGCUGCCAAGGGGAGCAGGGCUCAGCAGUGGGGCCUGUGCUGCCCAUGGUACCAUGGAGGGGGCUGGGCAGGGGGCUUCAGGUUUAGGCUUGGCUCCUGAGCUGGGCUGGAGGCCUUGUGCAGCACCCACUCCUGUCAGAGAGGCAAUGUCUUCUUCAUCUGAACCUCAUACACAGCCUGGGUCUGUCAGCCACCCUCCCCAAGCACAGCCUGCCUCCAGGAAGCGCCAGCUGUGCUCCAGACAGAGCUCCCAGGUGGGAAAGAGGCCCAGGCUGGAGCUGGGUUUUGGCCUCUCCCCUCUGGGUGAGCAGAUGGAGCAGGUGGGUGGUGGGAUGGGGGCACAGGGUGCAGGGCAGGUGUCUGAGCCAGCCCUGCCCACUGUGCUGGGGGCUGGCAGCCUGCCCCUGGGCACAGAGCUCUCCAGCAGACCUCACAGCUCCCUUGCUUUGGAUCUGUGCCUGUGUGAGAGCCCUGGGGACCCUGUAUCCCAGCCGGGAUCCCCGGGAGCCGUGGCUGCAGGUUUGGAUGCAGGGGAGGCAGCUGCAGCCAGCACUGCCAGCGAGCGUGGCUGGAGCAGGGACAGAUCCCAAGGGAAACUGCACGGAGGGGACGGUGACAACACACCCAGGGAUGGGAACAGGCCUGCUCUGGAGAGCACAGCGAGCAGGACCAGCUGCCCUGCUGGCUGCCUGCCCUCUCCCACACUGCCUGUGGCUGCAGGCAGAUGUUGCUGCUCGCUCCGUGUCAGGGCAGCAGAAGAAGCAGCCCCUGGAGCUCCCAGUGUGCCCAGGCAGGGCAUGGAGCGGGCACAGAGCCCCAAACUCCUCCUGCCUGCUCCCCAGAGCCCAGAGGCUGCUCAUGGCUUCAGGAGUUCCUUGGAGUCACACUGGGAUGUGCAGCUGCUCCCCAGCCUCUCAGGUGUCCAAGGCUGCAGGAUUCCAGCUGUGGACAGGGACUUGCUGCAGCAGCCACACAUCAGGCUGAGGGACAGCGGGUACAAGUCUCAGCUCUGCCCUGUGCUGGAGGAGUCAGAGCUGGCCUGGGCAGCCAGAGAGGACAAGAGCUGCAGGAACUGCUGCACAGAGACCAGAGGAACCUCUUUCCCCAUACUUGGGACGUUGUUUGGCAGCUAAAAUCACCUGCAGGCUGCUCUCUGGACCCUCGGUGGGAGCUGAGGAGGGGCUGGGAUGGGAUUUACAGAGGCACCCUCCAUGCCAGGACCAGGAGGCACAUCCAGGAGUGAGGACAGCACUGGCAGCGUGGGCAGCUCUCCUGGUGGGAAUUGAUGGGGAUGCAGUGGCUUCCCUGUCCUUGGCUGUGAUCUUCCCUCUUCUCUGCUGGCCACGUUUAGAGCCAGCAGCUUCCUCUAAUUUCUCACAGGACUCACCACUGACACAGUGGUGCCUCUGGAAGUCUCUGUCCAACAGCAAUGUGCUCUUUGCCCUUCCAGAGGAAGAGCUGUUCCUCCUCUCACGUGGUCCCCAGAGCUGCAAAGACUUAGGAAAGGAGGGUCAUGGAGAUGAGAUUUGUGCUCCUCAUGUGGUCUGGGGGUUGUCUUUGAGUAUUUUCAGGUGCUUUUAACUUGUUUUGGAUUUUUUUACAAACUUUUAAACUUUGAAAUAAAAUGGA